AUGUCCGCCCUGAAGACCCUCCUGGCCCUGGCCAUCGUCACAUCCCUGGCUGGAGAAAGUAAAGCCCUGAAAUGCCACAAAUGUGUUGCGUCCAACGAGAACGACUGCAACAAGCAGGGCUCCCACAGCUGCCCCCGGUACGCCGAUGCCUGCUCCACGAUCACUGCGCCAAACAGCAUCAUUAAGUCCUGCUCCUACAAGUCCUUCUGCGACCAGGCACGGCACGGCGGCUCCGGCGGGGCCACCCUGAGGUGCUGCUUCAGCGACGACUGCAACGGGCCGCUGCACGGCGCGGGCGGGGGGGCCAGGCCGCUGCACCUCCCCAGCCUGCUGGCCACCGCGCUGGCCGGGACGCUGCUGGGCUGGCUGUGA